GUGCGCGCGCAUGUGUAGCUCAGACACGCUCCUCCUGAUCGGGUGUUUUCUCAUUGCGACCUGUUUCCAUGUUUUUAUGUGAUAUUUCUAAAAAUGCAUCAUCAUCAUCAUCAUCAUCAGAGAAUGGCCGCGUUAGGGACGGAUAAAGAGCUGAGUGAUCUGCUGGAUUUCAGCGCGAUGCGAAACAGCGAUUUGAAAAUGUUCCCCACGUCAAUGAUGUUUUCCCCUCCUGUCAGCACCGGGAAGAAUGGACCGACGUCUCUGGGAAGCGGACAUUUCUCCGGCUCAAAUCUGGAAGACAGAGCGAGCUCGUCGUGGGGGAAUGGAGUUCGUGCAAUAAAGAAUUACGCUGCUGGCUCUCAGUACGGUCACAUGGCCAGUCGGGAUCUGGGGUCACAUGACAGCGUCUCUCUGCCCUACACCAACUCCAGAUUAGCAGGUAAAACAGAGCGAGCUUCAUACUCUUAUGGACGGGACUCCAGCAUUCACGGCUGUCAGUCGGGGCUCAUGGGAGGCGAGGUGGGGAUGGUCAGUCCAGAGACAGUGUCUCCCACCAAACUGGGCUCACAGUAUUACCAGCAUUACGCUGGAAACCCGCGACGGCGAGCCCUUCACAGCGACUCCAUGGAAGUCCAGACGAAAAAGGUUCGGAAAGUUCCUCCCGGAUUGCCUUCAUCAGUAUACGCCCCAUCCGCCAGCACUGCCGAUUACAACCGGGACUCACCGGGUUACCCGUCCUCUAAAGCACCGGGCAGCAGCUUUCCCAGUUCCUUCUUUAUGCCAGACGGUCAUCACAGUGCAGACCCAUGGAGCUCGUCCGGCAGUAUGAACCAGCCCGGAUACAACGGCAUGCUGGGAAACUCCACACACAGCGCUCAGAGCAGCAGCUACUGUGACCUGCAUCCACACGACAGACUCAGUUACCCGUCACACUCGUCAGCUGAGAUUAACCCCAGUCUUCCUCCCAUGUCCAGUUUCCAUCGCAGCGGCGGGACGAAUCACUACAGCACGGCGUCCUGCUCCGCCACCACUAACGGGACGGACAGCGUCAUGGUGAAUCGAGCGCCGAGUGGAGCGGGAAGCAGCUCACAGACGGGAGACGCGUUAGGAAAGGCUCUGGCUUCAAUCUAUUCCCCUGAUCACACCAAUAACAGCUUCUCAUCUAACGCAUCCACUCCUGUGGGAUCUCCUCCCUCACUCACAGCUGCCGGUUCAGCCGUCUGGUCCAGAAACGGUCAGGGAUCCUCGUCCCCGAGCUACGAGCCGCCGCUUCACUCGCUGCAGAGUCGAAUCGAGGACCGGUUGGAGCGGCUGGACGAUGCCAUCCAUGUGCUGCGCAGUCACGCGGUCGGAUCCACAGCGAUGCCCGGCGCUCACACAGACCUGCACGCACUGAUCACUCCGUCUCACUCUCACAACGGAGCCGUGAGCGGCCUGAGCACCGCAUACAGCACCGGACUGCUGCCCUCCAACAGACACUCGCUCAUGGUGGGCGGCCAUCGUGAGGACUCUGUGGGUUUGAGGAACGGUCACUCCAUCGUGUCCAGUCAGGUGUCAGGACCCCAGCUUCCUGUGCAAUCGUCCUCUUCCCCCGACCUCAGCCAGCCCGAUCCGUACAGGGCUCUCUCCGGAGGACUGCAGGGUCAGAGCACCUCAUCUGUGAGCUCGGACGUCAAAUCUGAAGACGAGGGAGACGAAAACCUGCUGGACGGGACAUCUCUGGAGGGCAAGAAGGAGGACGUGGACGGCAAGGACCUGAAAGCUCUAGAGAGGUCAAGAUCUAGCAACAACGACGACGAGGAUCUGACCCCGGAGCAGAAGCUGGAGCGGGAGAAGGAGCGGCGCAUGGCUAAUAAUGCGCGGGAGCGUCUGCGCGUGCGAGACAUUAACGAGGCCUUCAAAGAGCUCGGCCACAUGGUGCAGCUGCACCUGAAGAGCGACAAACCCCAGACCAAGCUGCUCAUCCUGCAUCAGGCCGUGGCCGUCAUCCUCAGCCUGGAGCAGCAGGUCAGAGAGCGCAAUCUCAACCCAAAAGCGGCGUGUCUGAAGAGGCGGGAAGAGGAGAAGGUGUCUUCGGACGGUGCUCCUCUCUCAUUGGCCGGUGGUCACCACAGCAUGGGCGAGGCGUCCAAUCCCAUGGGACAAAUGUAAAGAGCCACACUCCAUAUAUGGUCAAAGCUGCCAGAAUUCAUCAAAAUGAUGAGCGACCACUUCCUUUGACAGCAUCAUUUCUGCCCCUGAAUGUCAGUUAAACAAUCAAUGAACCAAUCGAACGAACUUCCAUCCAUACCGAGCACCUCCUGCGUGUUCCCGUUCCUGACCGCGUCUGUGAGGAUUUAUCCUGUACAUUAGAGAGUCGCGUGGGAUCCGUUGUGCAUAUCUUCCUCCAAGCAUUCCCGGUUGCAGAAGAAGACGUUUUUUUAUGUGCAAACACUCCUCAAACAUAUCAUGAUGUUGUGAUUUCAUGGCAAUCAUGUCCACACUGUGGAACUUUUGUAGCUGUGCCUCGCGGAAAUCCUGAGAAACAAUAGAAGAGAAUUAGGAAAUUCCCAAUCAGUCGGGACGAGAGGAGCUGUCAAUCAAACGACCCGGAUGGGAUUCAGCCUCAGAAUUUGACAAAAUCCUUCAAACCUUUGCAAUAAUGUUGUUUUAGUUCUUUUGAAACCAGCAGAUGUCGACAGUGAACAUUCAGAGGCAUUUUUGCAACUGGUUUUUGGGCUCAUUUUACGAACUUUUGCUCCGUUCGACUAAUAGCCGAUCACCUAUGGAAGGUCAUUUCUCUCCGUCUGUUCGUUUGUUUCUAGCCAUCGACUCUCCUGAUGCAAUUUUAACAUGUCGAAACUUCAACCAAAUGUGCCUUUUAGAGCUCAUAUCAUCACACAACUGGAGAAGAACAUUAUCUAGGAUGCAAGCGUAUAGGAAGAGUUAGUCAUUAGGUCUAUGCAGUCAGGUUUUUUACGACCUGGAGUUUAAAAAACAAAAAAGUAAAAAGAUAAAAGUAUUUUUUUGGAAAAACUGUAUUUAAUUUACUGUAAGGCUAAAAGUAAUUAGGAGGUGUGUCCAUCCCAAUGUGACUCCGCCCACAGUCCCGCCCACUCAAAGUCAUCAUUGAGCAUUGUAUUAUAGAUAUCCGCUUUUACGAAUACAGGCUUGUUGUUGAGCCGCUGUAGUACAAAUGCGUGGUUGUACAGUACUUUAAUCUCUCUAUUCUUCGUCUGUACUGGUUUCUCUGUCAGAAAAUGGAAGAAAAAUGGAUGGGAGGCACCAAAAGUGGACACAAAUCUAUUCGAAAAUCUAUAUAUAUAAAUGUAUAAAUAUAUACAGUAUAUAAAAAGAUGGAAAGGGGUUCACGGGGAUUGAUUUUUCAUUCUGUAAAGUCAAUGGGAGACGCCCCGAACGCUGUCCGCUCUGAGAGACGUGACUCUAUUUUUCAUAACGUCACCGGGACGUCGUCGAUACACUCGUCAAACGAAAGGGAAACACACGGACAUUUGUAAAUUGUAUGCAACAAAUGCAAACGUACCAUUAUUUUGAAAUAGUGUAUGUAAAAGGUAUAUUUUUACAUGUAGGCUGUUGUUAUUUUGUGUUUAGAAAUGCGUUGUAUCAGUUUUUUUAAUACUUCAUUGUGUGUUGAAAGUGUCACAUUGAAAAUGUAGGCAAAAAAAGUACGUUUAUAUUUGCGGGAACAUUUUUCUUUUAUAUUAAGAUGGGUAUCAAAGCUA